CACUAUGUCAUUGCCAAAUAUUUUAUCAAAGGCCUCCAAGAGGAAUCUACGUAAGAAAGAACUACGCACCAUAAAAAAAGCCAAAAUUGAAAAAUCCGAUAGCCCAAUCGUCGGAGAGGGUGAUUCCACACUCAAUUCUAGCGCUAAUCAGAACGAAGAAAGAACGAACAUAUUUUAUGAUCCUCUAAAG